GAGCGAGCUCCGAAGUUGACUACCCGGAAAGCGAGUCGUGUCGCCAAGGCCAUGGCUCUGCAGAGCCUUUGGGACAGUCUGCAGCCCUGGUGUCCUUUGCAUCUCAGCGUGGCAUGGGUGGACACAGUGUGGGAAUUGGACUUCACAGAGACAGAACCUUUGGAUUCCAGCAUAGAAGCGGAGAUUAUAGAGAAUGGAUUGGAUGCAUUCACGAGACUGUAUGAAAGUCUUUUCCCUUUUGCUACGGAAGAACACGGAUCUACAGAGAACCUUUGGACCUUCUUCACUGAGAACAAUAUUUCUCACAGUGUACUCGUGGCAUUAUUUUAUCACUUUGUUCAAAUAGUACAUAAGAAAAACAUCAGUGUGCAGUAUCGAGAAUAUGGCCUUCAUGCUGCUGGGCUUUAUUUUCUGCUACUAGAAGUACCAGGAAGUGUAGCCAAUCAAGUAUUCCAUCCAGUGAUGUUUGACAAAUGCAUUCAGAUUCUCAAGAAGAGCUGGCCUCAGGAAUCUAACUUGAAUCGAAAAAGAAAGAAAGAACAGCCUAAGAGCUCUCAGGGUAAUCCAAGAGGGAAUAGAAAAAGAGGAAAGCCACUUAGAAGAGAGGAUAUUGAGAUGGAUGUAAUUUUACAAGAACAAGAAGAUGAGGAGAAUAUUUGUUUUUCUGCACGGGACCUUUCUUAUAUUCGAAAUGCCAUAUUCCACCUGUUGAAGAAUUUUUUAAGGCUUCUGCCCAAGUUUUCCCUGAAAGAAAAGCCACAAUGUGUGCAGAAUUGUAUAGAGAUCUUUGUUGCAUUAACUAAUUUUGAGCCAGUUCUUGAUGAAUUUCAUGUUUCACAAGCCAGAAAUCUUAAUGAAGCAAAAUACAUACCAGAACUGGCUUAUCAUGGAUUAUAUCUGGUGUGCUCCCCAAUCCAUGGAGAAGGAGAUAAGGUUAUCAGUUGUGUUUUCCAUCAAAUGCUGAAUGUAAUAUUAAUGUUAGAAGUUGGAGAAGGAUCUCAUCGCACCUCCCUUACUAUUACUUCACAAGUCAUUAAUAGUAGAAACCAGGCAGUACAGUUCAUCAGCUUACUUGUGGAAGAACUAAAAGAAAGUAUAUUCCCGGUCCUUCGUAUCUUACUCCAGCAUAUUUGUGCCAAGGUGAUAGAUAAGUCAGAGUACCGGACCUAUGCAGCCCAGUCCCUGGUUCAUUUGCUCAGUAAACUUCCUUCUGUGGAAUAUGCUACAUUCAUUGCCUGGCUUUACAGAUACUCACGAAGUUCCAAGAUCCCACAUAGGGUUUUUACUCUUGAUGUUGCCUUAGCUCUAUUAGAACUACCAGAAAGAGAGGUGGAUAACACUCUUUCCUUGGAGCAUCAGAAGUUCUUAACGCAUAAGUUCUUGGUACAAGAAAUUAUGUUUGACCGUUGUUUAGACAAGGCACCUACUGUCCGCAGCAAGGCGUUGUCCAGUUUUGCACAUUGUCUGGAGCUAUCUGUUACUAACACGUCAGAGAGUGUACUGGAACUUCUCAUUAACAGUCGUGCAGUUUCAGGAAUAGAGAGCCACCCUGGUACCUUAUUGAGAAAUUCAUUAGGUUUUUCCUUUCAGAAGCAGACGUUUAACCCUUCUGGAGCCUCAGAGAUGACCAGUACAGACAAGAGUGCUGAAACAGCUCGAUCAGGGGAAAGAUGUGUCAUGGCAAUGCUGAGGAAGAGGAUCAGGGAUGAGAAGACCAAUGUUAGAAAAUCUGCACUCCAGGUGUUAGUGAGUAUUUUGAAGCACUGUGAAAUAUCGGGUAUGAGGGAAGACCUGUCAAUUCUGCAGGACCAGUGUCGGGACCCCGCAGUGUCUGUCCGGAAGCAGGCCCUACAAUCUCUUACUGACCUUCUUAUGGCCCAACCUCGAUGUGUCCAGAUUCAAAAAGCCUGGCUGACAGGGAUCACCCCCGUUGUGAUGGACUGUGAGAGCACUGUGCAAGAGAAGGCCCUGGAAUGCCUUGACCAGCUCCUGUUGCAGAACAUUAAGCAUUACAGUAAAUUUCAUAGUGGAGAUGACAGCCAGGUGCUAGCUUGGGCACUUCUUCCUCUCCUUACUACAGAAGGCCAGGAACUGAGUCGUUAUUUAAAUAAGGCUUUUCAUAUCUGGUCCAAGAAAGAUAAAUUCUCAUCCACUUUUAUAAAUAAUUUGAUAUCCCACACUGGCACGGAACAUUCUGCACCAGCCUGGAUGCUGCUCUCCAAGAUUGCUUGCUCAUCACCGAAGCUGGACUACACCAAAAUAAUCAAGUCCUGGGAGAAAAUCAGCAGCCAACAGAAUCCCAAUUCAAACACCCUGGGACAUAUUCUGUGUGUUAUUGGGCAUAUCGCAAAGCAUCUUCCUAGGAGUACCCGGGACAAGGUGACUGAUGUUAUCAAGUGUAAGCUGAAUGGAUUUCAGUGGUCUUUAGAGGUGAUCAGUUCAGCUGUUGAUACUUUGCAAGGCCUCUGUAGAGCAUCUGCAGAGACACCUGUGGAGGAACAGGAAUUACUGAAGCAGGUGUGUGUGGAUGUCCUCUCCACUUGUGAGUGCUGCCUCUCCAACAUAGUCCUUAAGGAAGAUGGAGCAGGAAAUAUGGAUGAAGAACUAUUGGUGAAAUGCAUUUUUACCUUAGGAGAUAUAGCCCAACUGUGUCCAGCCAAAGUGGAGAAGCGAGUCUUCCUUCUAAUUCAGUCCAUUCUAGCUGCUUCUGCUGAUGUGGAUCACUCGUCAUCUCAAGGUGCCAGUGAUAUCCCCACCUCACAACCGCUUUCCCAGUUCAGAGGCUCAGCCAUGCCUUCCAUGAUUAGAGCACACGCAGUCAUUACCUUAGGCAAGCUGUGCUUACAGCAUGAGGACCUGGCGAAGAGGAGCAUCCCAGCUCUUCUGCGUGAGCUCGAAGUGUGUGAUGAUGUGGCCGUCCGCAACAAUGUCAUCAUUGUCAUGUGUGAUCUCUGCAUUCGGUACACUGUCAUGGUGGACAAAUAUAUCCCCAAUAUCUCCAUGUGUCUGAAGGACUCAGAUCCAUUCAUCCGAAAGCAGACACUCAUCUUGCUUACCAAUCUCUUGCAGGAGGAAUUUGUGAAAUGGAAGGGCUCUCUGUUCUUCCGAUUUGUCAGCACUCUGAUAGAUUCACACCCAGAUAUUGCCAGAUUAUGUGGCAUGAAUAAUUCUUUUCAAGCAAGUCUGCAGUUGGAAAAUACAAUGUUGAAUGCCAUGGCAAAAGCCACCCCAGCUGGGAAAAGUUUUGGGGAAUUUUGCCUGGUUCACCUGCUACUGAAGAGAAAUCCUGUCAUGUUCUUCCAGCACUUCAUUGAAUGUAUUUUCCACUUCAAUAACUAUGAGAAGCAUGAAAAGUAUAACAAAUUCCCCCAAUCAGAGAGAGAGAAGCGACUUUUUUCACUGAAGGGAAAGACAAACAAAGAGAAACGAAUGAAAAUCUACAAGUUUCUUCUAGAGCACUUCACAGAUGAACAGCGAUUCAAUAUCACUUCUAAAAUCUGCUUAAGUAUUUUGGCGUGCUUCGUGGAUGGUGUCCUUUCCCUGGAUAUGGAAGCCAAUGAGUUACUGUCAGAUACGUUUGAAGUCCUCAGCUCAAAGGAGAUCAAACUUUUGGCAAUGAGGUCUAAGCCAGAUAAGGACCUCCUGAUAGAAGAAGAUGACAUGGCCUUGGCCAAUGUAGUUAUGCAGGAAGCACAGAAAAAGCUCAUCUCACAAGUUCAGAAGAGGAAUUUCAUAGAAAAUAUUAUUCCAAUUAUCAUCUCCCUGAAGACUAUGCUUGAGAAAAGUAAGAUCCCAGCUUUGCGGGAACUCAUGGCUUAUCUCAGGGAGGUGAUGCAGGAUUACCGAGAUGAAGUCAAGGACUUCUUUGCAGUUGACAAACAGCUGGCAUCAGAACUUGAAUAUGACAUGAAAAAGUACAGUGAACAGCUAGUCCAGGAGCAGGGGCUGGCGAAGCAGCCAGACGCGAACAGGACAGCUGAGGGGGGCAGCAUGGCACCAGUGGGGCAGGUUGCUCUGAGUUUAGAAAUAAUGCCAGCUCCUGUUGGCCAAGAAAAUGCAGCUGUGGCCCCUGGUGUGAGCCACCCCUCAACACCCAGAUCAAGCACUGGUAGAGUACCUUCUGUGCCUUCUCCACCUGACACUGGGCCGUUGAAGAUGUUAAUGCCCAAAGCCAGGCCCAUGUCCCUGAGUACCAUUGCAAUCCUAAACUCUGUCAAGAAAGCUGUGGAGUCGAAUAACAGGCAUCGGAGUCAGAGCUUAGGAGUGCUGCCUUUCACUUUGAAUUCCAGAAGUUCGGACAAGAGCAGCAGUCAUGGCUCUUCAUAUAGCUUGAACCAAGAAUCUCGCGGAUCUAUCGACCAUCUGACUAAACGAGCAAUCAGCACCCCUGACCGGACCAUCAGUGAGGUCUCAUUUGGAGCAGCGGUCAGUUAUAUCAGCAUGCCACAGACUCCUUUUUCACACAAAGAGAAAAGUGAAGUCCAGAGUCAAGGACCUGAGAUACUGUGUUUAUCACUGCCUGAUAAACCGCCUCCACAGCCUCAGCAGUGGAAUGUCAAGUCUCCAGCCAGGAAUAAAGACAAUCCAACCCCCAGUAGGCGGUCCCUCCGAAAGACCCCCCUAAAAACAGCCAACUAAACAGCGCAUUCCAAGAGCUGGCCUGGAAGGGAAGGAAACCUUCUUGUUUUGUGCAUGUGGAAAGGCAGCUAUGUCACUUCCCUCACACUUCAGAGAUGCUUUCAUCUUGGAAUACCAAAGCUUUCCUUUAUGAUUCUAGCACUCUUAUUUACCACCUUUUUUUAGCUGGCAAAUUUUUUAUAUUUCUCUUCAUGAAACAUGGCUUAAAAAAUUGUAAAAUAAUAGAGAAGUGUCAGAUUUAGAUUUUCUUAUGCCUAAACUUUAGGUAUUUAAUGUUAUACUUUUAUUCCAUUUGAAAGUGUCAAGUAAAUUCUGAUAAGCUAUAUUCCAUUAAUAAAGGUUAAGUAAUAAAAACAGCCUUCCAGUAUUCAGUAGAAUUUUUCUAUUUUAGAAGAGGGCUUUUAUUGGUAGUCAUUUUAAUUUUACAUGAAGUAUUUAGGAAGAACAAGACUAAAUCCUAUCUGGUAGGAAAAAAAAUGAUUGAUUGAGUUCAUCUUUAAGGUUUGGUUCAUCUCUUGCCUUUGUUCCCAUAUAAAAGUUGUUUGCCCCCAACAACAGACAUCUUAUUAGUACACACAUACAACUCCUGCUUAUGAAAAAACAGCUUCAUGUCCCUUAUCCAGAGUUGUACUAAUGUUGGCUUUGGUGGCAGUUUGCCAGGGAUCACUGCUGUAAUGGUGGGACGCUGUUAGUCUCCUCUGUCAGCCUCGUUAAGUCAACUUAAAACGUGUGUGUUUAUCUUUUGUUCAAGAACAACCAGAAAUUGGUUCCUUUUUAAUCCCUUUACUACAGAAGUGGAAGUACAGAGUUACAGUAAAAACAUGUUUCAAUAUGAAUGUGGUAGCUGGAUUUGAGGAAUGGAGUGUCACUGUGUUCUGCCCCGCAGCUCUCUCACAGUGUACGCACUGUCCUGACCCUGGGCCUGUCAUGGUGGAGCAAGUGACAGCGCCGCUCUUCGGCGAGCAGACUGGUGACACAGCUCCGUGUUGGUCCCCUUGGCGUGCAGUGUAGCAGUCUCUCUGCCUGGGGCUAGACCACUGUACAUAUACUUGCCCCGCAAAAUGCCAGGAGUGAGGGGUAAACCAAACAUAAGAACAAAUGAGAAAGAAAGAAAUAAUGAGGCUCAGGUGGUUUUUUAAAAAGCUUUUUAUAAAUGAGGUUUAACAAAAACCAAGUUACAGGUGUGUUGUUAGUACAAGUUGGUAACAUAACGUACAGCAACAUCCAUACCAAAGGCCAGAAUAACAGCCUUGUACAGGCCUCCUGAAUCAUUAGUCACAUUCUUAAAAAUACAGUUUUCCUUUCUGUCUACAACUUUGCAUGCCACUUCUCUACUUUGUCAUACCCAGUUGCAGAUGGCACUAGGGUAGAAAAAGACUUUACGAUAUAAAAGGGGAGGCAAUAAGGUGACCCUAUCACUAUGACAACCAAGAUGAAGACUAGAGUGUGUGAUUUCCCAACAGAGAGGAGGAGGGAGCGUCCUUUUCUACCAAGAGGAGGUGAAGAUGAAGGGAUAAUCUUAAUUCUAAGCAUUCGAGAUACAGAUACAAAAGGUAGGUACCAUUAAGCAAUUACUGAAGAGUUGCUCACUGCUUCUGCCAAAUACCCCACGGCAGAGUUAUUUCACGUAACUUAGAAAAGUCAACAUGAGUCUCAAGUAUUUUAAAAAACUGUCAAAGCAUUAAAAAUUAAGACACUGAAAGUUUAAUCACAAGAUGAUGACAUUCUUCUACAUAAAAACUAUCCUUUAAGUACACAAUGGAAUUAGAGGCGCUCCUUUUGAGAAGCUCCUUGCUUCAAAGCACAUCACAUGGCCUCACAUGGCCUCACAUGGCAGUGUAACUGAGCCUCAGAACAUCCGCUCUGCAAGACCAGGCAUUUAGAAUUAUGUUUCUAAUGCCCCCCACAAAGUGAGCAGUGUCUCAGGCUGGUAGAAAAUUUAAAAUCAGAUUUAGAAAAUUGCUUUUGAUUCAGGCAUUUUAUGUUCCUCACCAUCAGGCUUUUUAACCUGGCUGCACUAGGAUAUUCUUCAAAAGGCUGGACUGGCUGCUACCACAUAAUGGUUUAUUGUGAAAUGAGACAGAGAACCUGUGGUGUCUGAGUGCUUUCAUCAUGGCAGAGAGAAACAGCAGAAUUCAUUUUCUUUAAAAAACUGUAGUUGACAGAUUUGAUUUCAAAAUUGCCUGUGGCCUGUUCAGUCUUACAAAAAUACACAAGUAAUUAAAAUGAAUUCUAAAAACAGCAGUAGCUGCUUUAUUUUAUGAGCCAUCCACAACCAAAACGUUGAGCUCUGACACACUGGCAUCAAGGAACCCAAAGGCUGGGAUGCCACACGGAAGCCACCCAGCUUCCCUGAAGUGCCCACCGCAGAACUGUCCUGGAAUGAACUAAGUCGCACAUGAUGGGUGAGACACAGUAUUAAAGCUGGCCAGGACACAAAGCCAUUGUCAGGGCUCUUGAAAUAGGAGUGGAUACUUGGGCCAGCACUUGGAAGUGAGUAGCCAACAGCAUUGUAGAGGGGCGGUAUGUGACUUAACCCCAGGAGUUGCCUGAAGUUUGGACAUAUGUGUCUAAGAGCUUCUGGGUGGUCUUUGGACAUAGGUAACUUUAGUAAUCUAAGGAAGAGGCAGUUCAAAGCUAACCUGAGAGCUCCUUAUGUUUUCCUUUGGAAAGAUGCAACAGGUUUCAACAUUGCUCUACUGGAACUUUUAAAAGGUUUCCUAAGCAGCAAUGGUCUGAUGUAUAGAUGGCAUAAGUCCUCUUGUGAAAAAUGCUAAAACUUUUAUGGAAAAAGGAAUGUUCCAGUAAGCCUCCUUGAGAGGAUUCCUUGGGUAAAAUACUCUAAAUAUUGAUAUUUUCCAAUAUAACACUAGUAGUUUGGAACUCCGCUAACAGUUCAACUUUUAAAAAAAAAAAAGGUUAUUUAACAUUGUAUGAUAACAUAUUUACAGUUUAAAUAGAAAUUUUCAAUAAUCAAAAUAUAUUUUUAGCAAAAAUUUAGGAUGUAAAAUUUUAUAAAAUAAACAAGACGCAUAGAAAAGCAAAACAUUAUUUCAGUACCAUUUCAGAUUUAGCCUAAGAUGAAGGUUUUCUUUAAAAUACUGAAACCCUCCAUGGACAAGCAAGGAUCCUGCAGGUAAAAAGACCCUUUUUUUAGCAAGCAAUUUACCUCCUGAUUUUGGUCAUUUUUACAAAAUGCUGAUCCGAAAGUAUUCUCCAAGAUGGACACUACAACACUGAUCAAAACAGACUUUAACAAAUUGUGAGGUGCUUUAAAGCCAGUCAAUUGUAUAUAAACCCCUUCUCUGGGUUCACCUGAUCAAGCUAUGCAGCUAGUUUCCUGCUGGGG